CGGAGUCGGAGUCGGAGUCGGAGCCGGAGUCGUAGUCAGAGUCAGCGUUGGCGUCGACGCCAGCGUCAGCAUCAGCGUCGGCGUCGGCGUUGGCGUCGCUAUCGGCGUCGGCGCUAUCAUCUCGGUGGUUGGUUAGUAGACGAACGAAGGCGGUCGAGUACGUAAGGGAUCGCAGUGUCGCGUUACGAGUACGUUCUGUUGGAAAAAGUAACGAUCCGGUAUUUGGAAGAGGAAGGAAAAUUUCGGAGUGCAUUCGAGUACGAUAGAAUGAACGCAGGAUGAUCUGUCGAUAUUCAGGGUCAUUGUGGCCUCGUAUUGCUUGAAAAAAAGGUUGGUUUCAGUGGGUUCGUAAUAACGAUCGAGAAAGCUGUAACACGUGCGCAUGCACGAAAGAGAGCGAGAGUGCGAAAGAGCAAAUGAGAAUACGAACACAAGCAAGCGAGCGUGCCAAUAAACGAAAGAGAGCAAAAGACAGCGAGAUUCACUCCAACAAGUAGAUUCAUUUCCCAAGUUCUACGUAUCGUGACACACCCAACGAAUGAACAACGAGACACGAUUCGUUCUUUCGAUUUAUUUUUACGUUUCAUAAGCAUUUCGGCUUAAUCUAGCUUCGGAUCAUUUUUCCGCAAACACGAGAAAAUGCAAAGAAAUUUUGAACAAAUUUAACCAUCACCGUCGAACGCAACGAAAGCAACGAAAGCAACGAAAGCAACGAAAGCAACGAAAGCAGCUAGCAACUAGCGACGAUAAGCGUCAAUAUCAACGGAAAGAUAUGCAAGUGUGGUGUGGAGGAAGGGGAACGGAUCCGUAACCGAGAGGAAAGGUUAGGCCUCCUCGGAAAUACGAAAAGUAUAUUCUGAGGGAGCAAAAUGAUCGAUCCAAGCUCGUCGGAGCCGGAAAGCGAGGAGGAUCAGAGUUCCCAAUACGCGAGCGGUGUCGGUAGCGGUGGCGGCAGUGGCGGAGGUAGCGGUGGAGUUCGCGUAGGCAGCGGUAGCUCGUACGGAUACCGGCGACAGAUCGGACCUGGAGGAAAUCUCGGUGGCGCGAGCGGUCCCGUGUCAGGAAGCGUGAGUUCGUUAGCAUCACCCGGUGGCUCAAUCCACGGACCGAUCGGAACACCUCGUGCCGGCGCGACUACCGGUCAAGAUGCCAGUUUGGACGCAUCCGGUCUCGCCGCGGCGAGAAACUCGUUGUCACCCUCGAUGUCUGCCGCCCAGGAUGCGGCUAAUUACGCUCAGAGACCCACCAGCCCCUCGCCCUCUGUCGCCAGCGAGAAAACCGAAACUGAUCUCCAGGACAAACAGGAGAGGGAAGAAGAGGAAAGAAAGACCAGGAUACAGUUAUACGUGUUCGUAUCGAGAUGCAUCGCAUAUCCAUUUAACGCCAAACAACCACUGGAUAUGACGAAACGUCUGCUAAAAGUGACCAAGCAACAACUCGAAACGAUAUGUUCUCGUUUCCAGGGUUUUCUAAAAGGAGAAAUCCAAAUAGUGGCGGAUCAAGCGUUCCGCAACGCUAUUCAGAAUUAUUACGACGUGUUUCUGACAUCGGACCGAGUGAUGCAAAUGGUGCAGAGCGGUGCUUGCUCGCAACUCGACUUCCGUGAGGUGUUCAAGGAGAACAUAAAGAUACGUGUUCUACGCUUCCCGGAAAUCGAUGGAUUGAGCAAAGAGACUGUUCUUACGUCCUGGCUGGCCAAAUUCGAUUGUAUCAUGAAAGGUACGGGAGACGAGGAGACCAAGAGGCCCUCCAGGAUGCAACAACAGUCUUUGAUCUCGGAGAUGAUUCUGCCGAAGGAGCAGCUGUACGACAUGUUUCAGCAAAUUCUCGGCAUCAAGAAGUUCGAGCAUCAGCUUCUGUUCAACGCCCUCCUGUUGGAUUCAGCCGACGAGCAGGCUGCCGCCAUCAGGAGGGAGCUGGACGGUCGCCUCCAAAAGGUCAACGAAAUGGAAAAGAAUCGCAAGCUUAUGCCCAAGUUCCUUCUAAAAGAAAUGGAGUCGCUCUACAUCGAAGAACUCAAGUCGUCUAUCAACCUAUUGAUGGCUAAUUUAGAGUCAUUACCGGUCUCGAAAGGUUCGACAGACAGCAAAUACGGGCUGCGGAAGCUGAAGCCCUGCAAUCACCGUCGCGAGCGCUCCCGCUGCCGGGGUCAGGGUUCUCUCGUUAAACUGGAGAGCGACUCCGCUGACUCGGAAUCGCAGCUAACCAAAAUGGACGUAGGCCUGACCUUUCAGCUCGCUGUGGUAGUCGUAGAGGUCAGGGGCUUGAAGAGUUUACCACCGAACAAGAUAGUUUAUUGCACGAUGGAAGUGGAUCGUAGCAAAAAAUUACAGACAGAUCAUGCCGAAGCUUCAAAACCUAUGUGGGACACGCAAGGCGACUUUACCACCAUGCAACCGCUACCACUAGUCAAGGUACGCCUCUACACCGAGAAUUCGGCGAUGCUUGCUCUCGAGGACAAGGAGUUAGGCAAGGUGCACUUGCGACCAACUCCGUUCUCUUGCAAACAUCCGGAAUGGUACCGAAUGUCCGUCCCGAAGAACUGUCCUGAUCAGGAUCUUCUCAUCAAAGUUGGUUGCCGAAUGGAUAAACCGUUCAAUAUGAAACACUGCGGUUAUCUGUACGCAAUGGGCAAAUCUGUGUGGAAAAAGUGGAAGAAACGAUACCAUGUGUUGGUUCAAGUUUCUCAAUACACGUUCGCGAUGUGCUCGUACAAAGAAAGGAGAAGCGAACCGUCGGAGAUGAUGCAACUCGACGGUUAUACGGUUGACUAUAUCGAACCUCUCUCCGCUAAUCUCAUGGUCGGCAUGGAUCUAGAUGACGGAAGAUUCUAUUUUAACGCUGUUCGCGAAGGGGAUAGUAUAGUGUUUGCUUCAGAUGAUGAGAACGAGUGUCAGACAUGGGUAAUGGUUAUGUAUAGGGCGACCGGACAGUCUCAUAAACCGACACCACCAGUUUCCAUUGCGGACAAAAAUUCCACCAUCAGUAAGAUACAGGGUGACGCUGAUCGAGCAAAAAAACAUGGAAUGGAAGAUUAUAUUAGCGCCGAUCCUUGCAAAUUCGAUCAUCAUAUUCUCUUCAAAUUUCUACAAAAUUUGAUUUUGGAUUACCGAUUGAACGAUCCGUACUGUUCUCUGGGCUGGUUUUCGCCCGGCCAAGUAUUCGUUCUCGAUGAAUAUUGUGCUAGAUACGGAGUACGCGGUUGUUUCCGACAUCUUUGCUACUUGAACGAUUUAUUGGAUAGAAUCGAUUGCGGACUCAUGAUCGAUCCAACUCUGAUCCACUUUAGUUUCGCCUUUUGUGCCACUCACGUUUAUGGUAAUCGUACGGAUAGAGUCGGUUCCAUCACCCACGAGGAGAAGGAAAAAUUCCAGGAAAUCAAAGACAGGCUGCGGAAAAUUCUCGAGGAACAAAUUACCAACUUUAGAUAUAGCUUUCCUUUUGGUCGACCCGAUGGUGCAUUAAAGGCUACUUUAUCCUUGCUGGAACGAGUAAUGAUGAAAGAUGGCGUUAGCCCUGUUCCUCAAGAAGAAGUGAAGACUUUGAUCAAGAAUUGCCUUGAGAAAGCUGCUCUUGUUAAUUAUACCAAACUAUCUGCCGAAGCGAAGAUCGAUGACGAUUUUAGUGGUGAGGUAUGCGUUCCGCCCAGCAAAAAGCUCGAAGAUCUUGUACAUCUCGCUGAACUGUGCGUGGAUCUGCUUCAACAAAACGGAGAGCACUAUUCGAAGGUAGCGUUCGCCUGGUUUAGCGAUCUUAUGGUGGAGCACGCCGAGAUCUUCUGGUCUUUGUUCGCCGAUGAUAUGGACAAGGUGCUUGCCGAGCAGCCACGGGACACUUGGGACAGCUUUCCGCUCUUUAAAAUCAUGAACGACUACCUCAGAGAAGACGAUAAUUUGAAAAACGGUAGGUUUCACCAGCAUCUUCGGGACACAUUUUCGCCAAUGGUGGUGCGUUAUGUGGAUUUGAUGGAAACCUCGAUCGCACAAUCAAUUUAUAAAGGUUUCGAAAAGGAACGUUGGGAGAUAAAGGGAAACGGAUGUGGCACAUCUGGUGAAUUAUUUUGGAAACUGGAUGCUCUUCAAUCUUUCAUCAGUGAUCUUCAUUGGCCGGAUCAAGAAUUUCGUCAGCAUCUAGAGCAACGAUUAACGUUAAUGGCAUGCGACAUGAUUGAAACUUGCAUUCAACGAACAGACGCUGCGUUUCAGCAGUGGCUAAAAAAAGGAGUAACUUUUAUUUCGACUGAUUAUAUCAUACCAUCGGAAAUGUGCGCAAUGGUGAACGUUAUUCUGGAUGCAAAAAAUCAAAGCUUCGAACUGUGCACCAUCGAUCGUGUCGACGUUCACCAGUAUCAUGCUAAGAUCGAUGAUUUGAUAGAAAACACAUCGGCCGCCAUGACCCAAGGAAUGAUCAAUAAAUUGGUCACAGUUUUGGAAACUACCUUAUCCAAGUUGUCUCGUUACGACGAAGGAUCCCUGAUAGGCUCCAUUCUCAGCUUGACGAAGGUAUCGGGAAGUGGAAAAGAAAUGGGACAAGCCUAUGUAAGCUUUACGAGAAACUGUAUGGAUCAGAUUCGCGGUAAAGUCUUGGACGAACUGUGGAUUUUAACAUUCUUCGAGCAAUGGUAUACAGCGCAAAUUCAAGUGCUGUGCACAUGGCUCUCGGAAAGGCUCGAUCAUAGCUUACACCUCUAUCAAUGCACCUGUUUGGCCCACAUCGUAAAAAAGAUUUACUCAGACUUUGAGCUCCAAGGUGUCAUAGCAGAGAAACUUAAUUCGACAACAUAUCAGACUAUAUAUAAGAGGAUGCAAACGGAAGAAGCGACUUGUGCCUUAACGAGCGUUCAGAACGAAGAAGGUCUGUCAGAGAACGGUAACGACGACGAAGUAGAACGACCAAAACCAAAGGUAACGGUUGUUGAAACGGUCAACAGCGACGACGCAAAUUACAUCAGCAAUGUUACUUCGAACGUUGUUGAAAAAGUUGGAAGCAUGUUUGGCAAGGGCAUUGGUGGCUUUUCGACAAAGUUUGGUGGACCUAGCUGGUUUUGAUUAUUCUUCUCCUUACCACUAUUAUUGUUACUUACCAUUUCCCAUUUAUACUUUUCUCUUCUUGUCAUUCCCACUUUUAUUUUCUUUAUUUUCUUCUCCUUCUUAUUUUUAUUUCACUUUCCCUUUUCUUUAUUAUACUUAACAAUCUCCAUAAUCUUUACUAUCCUUUAUUUCUUUAUCGAUGUUACCGGUAUUUUUAUUAUAUUUAUCACUGUUGUCGUUGCUGUCAUUGUUGGGUUACAGUUGCGAUGACGACGAUGAUUAUUAUUAUUAUUAGUAUUAUAUCUUCUUCUUCUUCUACGCCUUC